UGACCUGCUCCUUGGGGGGGCAGUGACACGCUGGGGGACUCAGAGGCCACCCUGUGGGAAGAAGGCCCUGAGCCCAGUGGGGAAGGGGCAGGCAGGAGGGUGGCUGGAGCCUGUGUCCGCAUCCGUGAGCUGUGCCUCUGUGUCGCCUCUGUCUAUCGGUCCGAAGAGGCGUCCUCAGCCUGGCGGCCCGGAGAGAAGGGGGUCGCGGCGCCGUCAUGCACAGCGGUGGCGCGUCCGCCGCGCGCCCCGCACGCCUUCCCUGAGCCCGGCCGCGGCUGGAGCCCGGGGCGCGCCCGGCCGCACGAUGAGCCACGGCCCGAGCCCGCGGCUGGCCGAGUCCCCGCAGCUGUCCAAGGGCAGCCUCCUCACCAUCCUGGGCAGCCCGUCGCCGGAGCGCAUGGGCCCGGGCGACUCGCUGCCGCCCACGCCGCCCAGCGGCACGCCCUCGCCGGGGCCGCCGCCCGCGCUGCCCCUGCCGCCCGCGCCCGCGCUGCUGGCCGACGGCGACUGGGAGAGCCGCGAGGAGCUGCGCCUGCGGGAGCUGGAGGAGGCGCGCGCGCGGGCGGCGCAGAUGGAGAAGACCAUGCGCUGGUGGUCGGACUGCACGGCCAACUGGCGCGAGAAGUGGAGCAAGGUGCGCGCCGAGCGCAACCGCGCGCGCGAGGAGGUGCGCCAGCUGCGCCAGCGCCUGGACGCGCUCACCAAGGAGCUGGCGGGCGCGCGGCGCGAGCGCCAGGAGGCGCAGGGCGAGUGCGAGGCGCGGGGCCGCGAGCUGCGCGGCUGCGGGCGCCCCGGCACCGCGGAGCAGACGCGCACGGGCCGACCCGAGCCGGCCGAGCAGGAGCCGGUGCGCGACGUCGGCGGAGCGGCCCCUCCCCGUUGGUCCCCGCAGGAGCUGGAGCUGGUGGAGAGCCUUCUGAAGAGCAGACCGGAGGAGCCCGAGGGCUGCUGGGAGGCACGCGGCGCCGGGGCCGGGGCCCCGAGGAGCAGCUCCGGCCGCCAGGAGCGCAGCCGGCUGCCCUGGGAGGACACAGCCGCGGCUGAGGAGGAGGCCUCCAAGUUGACCGCCCUGCGGCUGCGGCUGGAUGAGUCCCAGAAGGUGCUGCUCAAGGAGCGAGAGGAUAAACUGGCCCUGAGCAGGAACAUCGAGAAGCUGGAGGGAGAGCUCAGCCAGUGGAAGAUCAAGUACGAGGAGCUGAGCAAGACCAAGCAGGAGAUGCUCAAGCAGCUCGGCAUCCUGAAGGAGACGCACCAGGACGGCUGGGCCGCAGUCGGAAGACUGGAGGACGAGCUGGCGGCGCUCUCAGGGAAGAAGAUGGCCGAGCUGAGGGCCGAGAUGGAGCGGCUGCAGGCGGAGAACGCGGCCGAGUGGGGCCGCCGCGAGCGGCUGGAGACGGAGAAGCUGGGCCUGGAGCGGGAGAACAAGAAGCUGCGGGCGCAGGUCGGGGACCUGGAGGAGGCGCUGGCCCGGCGGCGGCGGCAGACAGCCAGCGCGCUGGACUGCGACCUGCGGGCCAGCCAGGCCGCGCUCUUCGAGAAAAACAAGGAGCUGGCGGACCUGAAGCACGUGCACGGCAAGCUGAAGAAGCAGUUCCAGGAGAAGGUGGCGGAGCUGGCACACGCCGGCCGGCGGGUGGAGCAGCACGAGGCCGAGGUGAAGAAGCUGCGGCUGCGCGUGGAGGAGCUCAAGAAGGAGCUGGCGCAGGCCGAGGACGAGCUGGACGAGGCCCACAACCAGGCGCGCAAGCUGCAGCGGUCGCUGGACGAGCAGACGGAGCAGAGCGAGAACCUGCAGGUGCAGCUGGAGCACCUGCAGUCCAGGCUCCGCAGGCAGCAGCAGAACGCGCCCCUUUUCGGGAAGAUCCGGGGCGCUCGCUUUGGCACUGAGGAGGCCGGGGACGGAGCCAGCGACCUGGACGAGGAUGAGGACUUGCAAAUCCAGGUGGCCUAGAGCCUCUCGGCGCCGGACGGGACGGGACCCAGGGCCCAGGCCAACCCGUCACCUGAACUGACGCAGCGGCCCGGGCUUGCCCUGGCGAGGCCCUGCUCCCUGCCACGGUGACCUGUCUGUCCCAGGGAGGCAUCAGCAGUCCUGCCUGCCAGCGCCCGAGGAAGGGGCGACCGUGUUCUGUACGCACAUGUGUGUUGCAUACGUGCCCAGGGCCUUGGACCCUUUCGGACUUGCGAAUACAGGACCGCUCCGAAGCUCCGCCCACCCAGGGCUCCUCACACGCUCCGGGCACGUCGGGGGCGAGUGGCCGGGGCCCACCCCAGGCUGCCUCUCUAGGCCUUGAAGGCCCCGCAGGGGCUGUUCGAAAUACAGUGUGAUGAACCCAGCCUUUUGUAAUAAAUGGAGUUCAAGUUCU